AUGAAUUAUCCACAUCAACCUCACAUUGAAUACACCCAUCAAACAUGGGUAAAACCAGCAACCAUGACACUGAAGGAAGGCUACAUGCCCUUGACAGAUUGGGAUGUGGUCAUGUUCAAAUCGUAUACACCCAUGCUACUCUUUUACACAAAUCCAGAGCAAGCUGCUGAUUUCAUGAGCAUGGAUACUUUAACCGAAUCGCUAUCAGCCAUAUUGGUUGAUUAUUACCCGUUGGCGGGUCGACUUGUAGAUGUUGGCCGAGGGCGUGAUGCUAUUGAUUGUAACGAUGCGGGUGUUUUAUAUCAGGAAGCAGUGUAUCACGCUGACUUGGCCGACUUUGAGAAAUCAGGGUACCUGCCAAAUCAACUAGAUUACCAUCGUUUGUUCCCUAUACACUUUUAUACACGGCCUGAGGAUCCUUUGGUAGCUGUACAGACCACACGUUUUGCAGAUGGUGGUGUUGCACUAGGGAUCAUGAUCCUACACAAGAUCGCGGACAAGUAUUCAGGUUGUCUUUUUCUUGAUGCUUGGGCAAAGCAAGCUCGAGGACAAACAUACAACAAGGCCAACUUUUUCGAUCGACAAUUAUUAACCAUUCCUGAGCAUACGGUUGUUACGGAUGAAGUACUGGAUCAUUAUCGUGAGGAACAUCGGCUUGUGGACGAUGAAAAAGUUACGCUUACAGCACGUGAUCAAGAUCAGCCAAAGUAUGCACGUACAAGUCCCCAUGGUCCUGCACCACUGAAAAGUGUUAUUUUGGAAUUUGCAUCGGAUGGCUUACAAAAGUGCAAGCGUGAUGCCCAUACCCAGGAUAUGAUUCUCACACGUAACUGGCUAUCCACCAAGGAAGCACUGCUUGCCAUGUUGUUGCGAGCCAUUGUUCGAUCCCGUGACAUACCUGAUAAUGAACCUGUUAAGAUGGUGGUUGGCGUCAAUGGUCGCUCCAAAAUGAAGAACAUGGAUUUUUAUUUUGGAAACUGGAUGAUCACACGCGCUGUAUCCACAACCAAACAGCAAGCUAAGGAAUCGGAUCUAGUUUGCCACGCUCUUCAAUUUAGGCAACAAAUGGCUACCCUAAAAGCAUCCUUGUUUCAUGGUCUCAGCAAGCUAUAUACCAUCCAUGAUGACAUGACAGUGCAUUAUCUUUCCUAUCAGCCCAAUUCAAGCACGCACGUGACAGCGAGUGACGUGUCAAACCUGCCAUAUUGGAAACUUGAUUUCGGAUACGGCAAUCCGGACCGUGUACGAGGAUACAUUACAGCAGGUGGCGAUGGUUGCCUCGUGUUAUUUGGUCGAAGUGGGCAAUCCAAGGGAAUCAUGUACGACGUACAAGUCCAAAUGAAUGUUGAUGCUAUGCGUCGCUUUAUCAACGACCCUGAAAUUAACAAGUACACGCAUCGAAUCCUUUGUUGA